GGCAGUUUACCGCCAACGCUCACGAAGGUUCCAUGUCAACGGCGUCGGUUAAAAAAGCGUUACGUCAAGUUUAAACCGUGCCAUUAUUUGAAAUUUAUAUUUUACUUAAGUUCUCGUUUGUAGUUAGUUGUUUUUUUUGUUGUUGACGUAACUGAUAGUGAUUGCUAUCGAUAAGGUGAUAACAGUAUCUAUAGUCCGAGGACUGGAGUUUGUUGGUUUUUGUGAUGCAUCUAUCGGAAUGUGCAUUGUCGAAUGUUGGAUUAUAAUCGAGUUUCGGCCUGAACGAGCUUUCUGCGUCCGGUGUCGGUGCAAGGCGUCAUGGAACACUCCCUGCAGCACCGCGAGCGAGUCGGAGUUCAGGACUUCGUGCUGCUAGAGGACUUCCGCUCUGAAGCAGCGUUCAUAGACAACCUGAAGAAACGCUUCCACGAGAACAUUAUAUACACGUACAUAGGCAACGUGCUGAUCUCAGUGAAUCCCUACAAGAACCUUCCUAUAUACACGGAGGAGAAACAGAGGCUGUACUACAAGAAGGCUUUCUUUGAGGCGCCACCACAUGUAUUUGCUAUCGCGGACAACGCCUACAGAUCGCUAGUGUACGAACACAGGGAACAAUGUAUAUUGAUUUCAGGGGAAUCCGGUUCGGGUAAAACCGAGGCGUCCAAGAAAGUUCUCGAAUACAUCGCAGCUCGCACGAAUCACCUGCACAAUGUGGAGACCGUUAAAGACAAACUGCUUCAGAGCAAUCCGCUCCUGGAAGCGUUUGGGAACGCCAAAACAAAUAGAAACGACAACUCCAGUCGCUUCGGGAAGUACAUGGACAUACAGUUCAACUACGAAGGUGCACCUGAAGGUGGACACAUCCUGAACUAUCUGCUGGAGAAGUCUAGAGUUGUGAGUCAAAUGGCCGGCGAGAGGAACUUCCACAUAUUCUACCAACUCCUGGCCGGUGGGGACAAGGAGCUGAUGAAGCAGUUGAGGCUGCAAGGAAGAUCGGAAGUCUACAAAUACACUACCGACCUGACGUCAGCGAGUCAGAAAAUGAACGACGCUGACCAGUUCCGCGUAGUGAGAGAGGCGAUGAAGGUCAUCGAAAUAGGAGACAGCGAACAGCGCGAGAUGUUUGAGAUAGUCGCCAGCGUGUUGCAUCUCGGCAACGUGAAGUUUGUUCAGAACGAUAAAGGCUAUGCUGAGAUCCUCAACCACGACGCCAACAGCCAGAACGUGGCCGAGCUUCUGAAAGUAAACACGACGAGAUUGCGUGAAGCCCUAACGAGUAGGACGAUCGAGGCUCGCGGGGACGUGGUCAACACGCCCCUGGACCUGGAGCAAGCUCACUACGCCCGGGACGCGCUCGCUAAGGCCAUCUACGAGAAACACUUCGGCUGGCUGGUCGCCAGACUCAACGCCUCGCUGGCCCCCAGAGACAGAGACGCGAAAGCAUCGGUCAUCGGUAUCCUGGACAUAUAUGGAUUCGAAAUUUUCCCUAAAAACAGCUUCGAACAGUUCUGCAUCAACUUCUGCAACGAGAAGCUGCAACAGCUGUUCAUCCAGCUGACACUCAAGUCGGAACAGGAGGAGUAUCUGAGGGAAGGCAUCGAGUGGGAGCCCAUCGAGUACUUCAACAACAUCGUCAUAUGUGACCUCAUAGAAGAGAGGCAUAGAGGCAUCAUAUCCAUCCUGGACGACGAGUGUCUCCGCCCCGGGGAGGCCAACGACCUCAGCUUCUUAGAGAAACUCUCCCAGAGACUGGACGGACAUAAACACUUCAAGUCACACAAGAAGGUCGACUCCAAGACCCAGAAGCUGAUGGGACGAGAUGAAUUUUGUCUGGUGCACUACGCGGGUGAGGUGACCUACAACGUGAACACUUUCAUUGAGAAGAACAACGACCUUCUGUUCAGAGACCUGCAGGGACUCAUGGCGGCCAGCGGAAAUAACAUCGUCGGCCGGUGCUUCAAGGACAUGAAUCUGAUGAGCAAGAAACGUCCGGAGACAGCGGUGACACAGUUCAAGGUGUCCCUCAACGAGCUGAUCAAGAUCCUCAGCAGCAAGGAACCUUCAUACAUCCGGUGCAUCAAACCCAACGACUUCAAAACACCCAUGCACUUCGACGACAAGCUGGUGUCCCACCAGGUGAAGUACCUGGGGCUGAUGGAGAACCUCCGCGUGAGACGAGCUGGGUUCGCCUACAGGAGGCAGUACGACGCCUUCCUCGAGAGAUACAAGUGCCUAAGCCCUGAGACUUGGCCCAACUACCGCGGCCCAGCGCGAGAGGGGGUCCAGAAGUUAGUGGCGGCGCUCCGAUACGAGAAAGAGGAAUACAGGAUGGGCAACACGAAGAUAUUCAUCCGUUUCCCGAAGACGUUGUUCGAGACCGAGGACGCGUUCCAGAUCAAGAAGAACGACAUCGCCACCAUCAUACAGAGCCGCUGGCGAGGGUACAGGCAGCGGAGGAGGUAUCUGGAGAUGAAGCGGGCGGCGGUCAUCAUACAGAAGUGGGUGAGGAGGUUCCUCGCCCAGAGACUGAGGGAGAGGAGGAGGCGGGCCGCUGACGUCAUCAGGGCCUUCAUCAAAGGUUUCAUCACCCGCAACGGUCCAGAGACGGUGGAGAACCGACGUUUCCUCGGCAUCGCGAAGGUACACUGGCUGAAGCGCCUCGCGACUCAGCUGCCCAAACACCUGCUUGACCUUUCCUGGCCGCCCUGCCCCGCCACGUGUCAGGACGCCUCCAAACAACUCCACAAGCUACACCGACUACAUCUAAGCAGGAAGUACCGCCUGGCAUUGUCCCCGGAAGAUAAGAAGCAAUUUGAAUUGAAGGUGCUGGCUGAGGCCAUGUUCAAGGGUAAGAAGAACAGUUACAACAGCAGCAUCCCGGAGCGGUUCGUCGCGGACAGACUGUCUGAAGAACAGCGAGUAUUGAGAGACACGUUCAUGGCCUCGCCCGCCUGGCCGGCGCAAGAGAAACUCAUUUACUCGUGCGAGGCGGUGAAGUACGACCGGCGCGGGUACAAGCCCCGGCCGCGGUCGCUGGUGGCGUCGGACGCGGCGCUGUACGUGCUGGACGCGGGCUCGCGGAAGAUGUUCAAGGUGAAGCACCGCCUGCCGCUCGACAAGCUGCGAGUCGUCCUCACCAACGAGAGCGACGGACUGCUGCUGGUCAAAAUACCGCAGGACCUCAAGAAGGAUAAGGGCGACCUCAUAAUGUCCGUGACGCACUUGAUCGAAGCCCUCACCAUCGUCACCGACUACACCAAAAAACCGGAAAUCAUCGAGAUAGUUGACACCAGGACCAUCGCUCACAACCUGGUGAACGGUAAGCAGGGUGGUACCAUCGAGGUGACGCAAGGCACGCAGCCCGCCAUCCACCGCGCCAAGAGCGGCAACCUGCUAGUUGUGGCAUCCCCAUAGAGACCAGUAUUUGAAUAGGAACUGUAUUUUUGAAGCAACAGUCAAAAUGUAGCGGUAUUCUUAAAGUCCUCUCUAUGUUACGAUUCUGUUAUAAAACCUGUUUCGAAAAAUAAUGUUUUAUACGAAGAGUAUUUCUAUUUAUUUGUAACCGACAUUAUUAAGUGUUCAUAUAACUACUGCCUUUUCUUAUACAUAUAAUAGCUCGUCUAGUUAAUUUAUGACGUAUGAACUACCAACGGCUAAUAAUUGUUUUGCUGAUAAGAUGUAUUCCCAUUUACUAAUUAUAAUUUAUUUUUCAUUAGAUAUAUUUUUUUGACUACGACUUUACUAUUACAUUUCAGUCUUUUUAAUAUAUAUUAUUUAAAUAAUAAAUUAAGUAUGUCGUACAAAGUACUUAUAAAGUAGGUAACACACGCCAGAAAUAUAGAUGAAUUUUACGGAACGUGUAGCACCUACUUUUCCUGUUGGAAAUUAAAAAAAAAAUACUUAGUGUUUAUUUACAAAUCCGAUUAUAUAUUGACACGUUAUUUUAGGCUUUAGUAAGCUGAAUCGAAGGUGCCUCUGUUAAUGUAGAAAUAAAGCUUGUGCGGACUCCUGGAGUCUGGGAGCUAGACAACUGUCAAGUGAUUUUUAUAACCAAAAAGGGUUACCAGAUUUUUUAAUUAGCUUACUAAUCGUAGUUUACUCCGGUUUGCCAUAAGUUUAUAUAACAUAAGUGCCUUCUCGUUCUAAGCAAGUUCCUUUGUAGUCAAUUUAUGAAAUAUAUGUAUUUUUAAAAA